AUGGACUCUGAUGCCAUUAAUAAAUAUUUACAACAUGCUGAUGAUUGUCAAUCAUCAUUUGAACAAAAUUUACUAGCAAAUGGUGGUAGAUCGGCUGUAUCAACAGUAUGUAAUUCAUUAAACAAUAUUUAUAAUGCCAAAGAUUGGAGUGAUGAUCCAAUAAAGGCUAUUGCCACAAGUUUGAAUAUUCAAAUACCAACAACGUUGGAAUUAGAUACAUUAAGACAAAAACGAGAUGAAUUACAAAAAGAGAAAGAACUAUUGGAAAAAGAACAAAAACAACAACAGAAAAACUAA